AUGAGCCGAUGUCGAUCUCUGAAGCGACUCGAGUAUCGGGACGAGGUUGUAUUACUGCCAUUCUUACCUCAUGCCGAAGUAUGUUUUUCAAAUAUUUCGGAAUUACACUGUUCAAGCCGAAUGCCGUGCUCGGUAUUUUACAGAAUGGCACAAAUAUGCAGGAAUCUUGAAAAGUUGACAAUCGAUGAAUUACGAUCUGAUAACGAUGGGUUGGCAACAUUGAUCAAUGUUCAGCACAAUUUGAAGUCGGUCGGAGUGUUCACCAAUGUCCAUCACAUCUUCUACGGGAAAGUUGCGAACGCGAUUUCAAGUAAGGCGAGCACUUUGAGAAAUUUCAGUUACGGAGGGGGUAGCGCGGUUUCAUUUCCUCUCAUCAACAUAGCGGCAUUGGUUAAUCUGGAGACCUUGAGCGUUAAGCUUUAUGAAGAUGUCAACGAUAUAUUCUUAUAUACUACGUUUUCGAACUUGAAGUUAUUGGAGAUGCAGGGACCGAUACAGUCCGUGGAUGCAUUAACAAAAUUCAUUGAAAGGUGUACAAAAAUUCGUGGAAUCUUUGAUAAUCGUGAACUGCAAGGCGGAGUACUCGAAAAGAUUUGUUUUGACCUAGCACACAUUAAGAAACCUUUUAGCACUGUACCGGAAUAUAAUUCCACUGUGGCAAAGUGUUGCCCGAAUUUACGAUUUUUCUCGACAUGGUUUCAUAAACUGAAUGCAAAAGAAUUUAAGGAAGUGUUCAAGUCGUGCAGGAAGUUGCAACAUUUAACAGUUAGCAGUUAUAGAUAUGAGAAGUUAAGUUAUGAUGACAGCUACGAUCCUUGCAUUAACGAGCUAAUCGAAUGUUUAAAGGAGUCAGAGGAUGAACUGGAUGAAAAUAAGGGAGCUGCUGAGGAAAGUUUCAAUAAUCGAAUCUUGGACUCCGCAAAUGCAGCAUCGCUGUCAUCACAGAAACGGAAUAGAAUAAACUUAAGUCUGGACACGAUCGAAUUUUGUUAUAUAUGGAAGUUAGAUUCGCUCAGUGAAUUUGAAAGUUAUUUGAGGACACGAAAAGAAAUAGGGCGACCGAUGAACAUAUAUUUUACCAGCGAGUGUGUGAAUCACUUUGGAGUGGAUUUGGAAGAUUAUUUGCUG